UCACAGGUACUUGACGUUUUUAAAAAUAUCUAUAGGCUAAUAGAAAAAGUCUUCCAGUAAACAUAAUAUUUAUUAUGUUUACAGGAAGACUAUUUUUUUUUUAUUAUAGAUAUUUAAAACGUCAAGUGCCUGUGAAUAAAGUAGACUAUUUCGAAUAUUAAAUUUGUGAGAAACGAGAACACGCCUUUAGAUCCACCCAGAAAGAAGACGCACUAGGUCAACUCAAAGGAUUAUGGGAUAGAAUGACAUCACUAAAGUAUUUGCAUAUUCAUAAUUAGUACACCGCCAUCUUGGAAGUGAAUUUAUUCACGACCAUCCGUAAAAUCCGAGAAAUAUCCUUGUCAUCGCCGUCUUCAGUGAACAUCUGAAGGAUUUUUUAUUAUUACCAACCAUAGCCCAGUGGAACGGACCCGUACUAAGCGGUUCGUUCAUAGGCUAAGUAAUUAGAAAAUCUUCAAUGAGUGCACAGGCAAAAUGUCCACAUUUUCUGGGAUAGGCGGAAAAGGUGACAAGGGAUCGAACAAAUACAAGUCGCUGAAUAUAAAUAAUAUCUACCAGGGCAAGAGUGUACCAACGCAGAAAAGCACAGUAACACGUCAGCAUGGGUUACAAAGCUUGGGAAAAGUGGCAAGCAUGCGGCGUAUGCCGCCUCCGGCUAAUUUGCCAAGUUUGAAAAGUGAGAACAGUGGAAACGAUCCUAACAUCAAUUUAGUUCCUACAGGAGGUUCAGGAUGGGGCACGAAGGAGAAGGAGCAAGAAAAGACGACUGCACCAUCAGGUCAGCCGCCAUCGACGCAGCCGUCGCAGGCUACUGCAGUGUCAUCCGCACAAUCUACAACAAAGACAACUGUUGCUGGGGGCAGUGCAGCAGUAACAUCAGCAGCAGCAGCACCAUCGGGGACAAGUUCAGCACCAAAAUCAUGGAGCAGUGUAGCGCUUGGAGAAAGGGGCAAACCUCUGGGUCAUCAUUCACCUUAUCAGGAGGAAUUUCCAACACUAAAAUCAGCAGGGGAAGACAAAGGAAAAGAUGGCAAGAAAGAAGAAGAAGGAAAAGAUACUCAGUAUGGACCAGGGCCAAGUUUGCGGCCUCAAAAUGUCGCGAGUUGGAGAGAAGGCGGUGGUCGUGGCGCCAUGCAACAGCAGCAAAACAAGCCAGAUUCACCAUCAUCACCAACAGGGUCUACGUCCCAAGGCCAGACAGAAACACAACAGAAUGGCCCCCCGACGUCUGGGCCAACAGAGGUGCCCAGCCAGCCUCCAAGGCCUGGCUCGGGACCCACUCCAGGAGGGCCCAUGCCCAUGGGCCCUCCAAUGGGAAUGCCACCGCAGUACCGGAUGAUGCCUCCCUAUAUGUAUGGCAGAUUCCCACCUGGCUACCCACCUAAUUAUCAAGGAAUGCCAAGACCUCCAUAUCCGUAUGAUCAAAGGUUUCGGCAUCCACCUCCAAUGCCUGCUCAGCAGCGGCCCCCAGUUGGUGGGGAUGGAGAGGAAUACAAGAGAGCUGCCAUCAUCUCAGAGAAGGAUCUGAAAGAUUUUGACAAUCUGCGACUUGAUCAUGAAGAUGAAGGCUGGGCUGGUGCACAGGGUGAAAUUGAUUACUCUGAAAAACUUGUCUUCAGUGAUGAAGAGGAUGAUGAUAAAGAAAGUGGUAAAUCUCGUCAUAGAAGAAGUGAAAAAAGAGAGAGGAAAGAUGAUAUGAAUGAUGAAGAUGAUGGUGGCAAGGGAGAAAGAGGUUAUCCAAUGCCAAGAGAGGCCUGGGGUGGUGGACCUAUUCCUCCUCAGUAUAGAGGAAGACCCCCAAUGGGAAUGGAUGGGAGAUGGCAGAUUCCUCCAUUUGAUUACAUGGGACCUCCCCCAAGAGGACCUCAUUAUCCACAAUACAGAGUACCUCCUCCAGGUCAACGUCCCCCAGGACCAUAUCCCCACCCGCAGAUGACCCCACCACAACCUCCUCAAAGUCCCCAGAGUCCAGGACCAAGUCUAAGCCCUAGUCAGACUCCCAAAAAGAGUGAGGCAAAGGAUGAAUUAGAGGAAGAACAGUGGAAGGAAAAGCGCAUGCAGCGCACAGAGGAGAUGUCCACUGCCAUUCAGAGAGCACGUCAGAGGCGUGAGGAUGAGGAGAAAAAAAUUGAAAGUGAGCGUAAAGCUGCGGCAGCAGAAAAGCUUCGACAAUUGGAUGAACGCAGCAAAAAACGAGAUGAUAGGGAUGCUGAGUCUGAUAGUAGAUCUGAAGGAAGAUCAGAUGGAGGGAGAUCCAGUAGAACUCCAUCAGAGAGUAGUGAAAAAGAUUUCAAAACUCACAAAGAGCAGCAGACAAGCAAAGUCAGCUCAAGAGGGGCUGUUCCACCACGGUUCCAGAAGCAGCAUUCUUCAGAACAUCCCCCUACAUCAGUAAGACAAACGGGCCAGGGCACGCCAACAUCGCCACAACCCCAUCCAACUCAGAUGAGACCAGGACAAGGACCACCUCCUCCCUGGUUCUGGCAUCCAUCUAUGCAGAUGCCUCCCUAUGCCUUUGGAAGACCUCCAGUUGAUAUGCAGGGAAUGCCCAUGUACCCUCCAAUGCGUCGUAGAAAUGACAGUCAUGGAUCUGGAAAUGAUGGUCAGGAUGGUGAGGGAAGACCAGAUGGAUAUGAAAGAGGAGAUCCAAGACAGUUUUAUCCUCACAUGCCACCACACUUGGCUCAGUUUGAUGGACGUGGACCCCCACCUUACUUUGAUCAAAGAAUGUAUCCAGAUUAUGAGAAGCAACUGAUGGAAUAUGAAAGGAGGCAGGACAGAGAUCAGGACAGACGAGAUAAAGAUCAUAGAUCAGAUCAUAGUUAUGAAGAGGAACUGGAACAUGAAACAAGAGAACCAGAAAAGAGAGCACCCAGACUGCAGAAAGAUCCUUUUGAUGACACGCCUGAUGAUAGAUACACACCUUCUCCAAAGGAUUCAAAGAAAGAGAAUAAAGUGGUUGAUAAAAAGGAAGAAAAGCAGUCUAAGGAAGACCUGAGAGACAGGAUGGAUCUGUAUGAUGACAGGAAAGAUAGAAGAGAUGAUAAAGGUGAUGACAGAAGGAAUGACUACACUAGAAAGGAUAGAGACCAUGAUUCUCAGAAGAGUUAUAGGAACAAAGAGAGUCGCUCCAGUAAAGCUCCAUGGUAUACAGAUGAUGGAAGUCGAUCUUACAGGGAAAAGAGAGAAUAUCCAAACUGCCCACCUCCUAUUCCUGCUCAACAAUCGCAACAAAAUCUUCCUCCGAGACCCAACUACACUACACUGAAAAGACCUCUGUCCAACUCUAAUGACAGGAAAGCUGAUUACUUGAAAGAGCAAAGUGAGACCAAGCCAAAGUCAUUAAGCAAGGAUCAACAUAGAGAUUCCAAAUCGGGAAAAGAAAACAAGACAGCUGAGAGAGAUGAUAAACAAAAACAGAGAGAUGAUCAUCAAAAAGAUUUAGACAGGUCUGGAAAUGAAGACGCAAGUAAGGAUAAACAGCAGUCCAAAGCAAAAGAUGACAGGAGAGAGAAAGAGGAUUCUGUUGGGCGUGAGGAAAGACCAUCAGCAUGGGAUAAGCCAAUGCGAGAUGAAGGAAAGGGGGAAAAACGUUCUGAUAGAAAUCAACCCCCUUUAAAAAAGAAAAGGGAAGAGUACAACCAAGACAAGGGAGAUAGGAGACAGCCAUCUUCUAGAGCCCGUGAGUUCGUACGGGGAAGAGGUGGCAAAGUUACCAGGGGAAGCAAACCCAGCAACCCCCCAGGUAGAGGUGGCAGGGGAGGUAAUCGUGAAAGUUAUCCCCGCAGCUAUGAUAGACGAGGUGGGGAGAGAAGUGGCUACAGGACUGACAGGUCCAAGUCAUUUGGUGGUCAGUGGUCAGAUCAUGUGGAUGAUUUAGAGUUGGAGGAAGAAAUGCAGAGAAGAAGAGAGAAAGCUGAAGAAGUUGACUUUGAUGGGAAGGAAGGAUCCAGAUCCCCAGAAGAGUAUGGGGAUCAGUCCAAUUUUGGAAAAGGAAAGGAUCAGAAAGAUAGAAGAGUUAGUCAAGAGCAACAGGAGACAAAACCCUUUAGCUGGGAAAAUCGAGCAAAAAGUUUGGAACUAAAAAAGGGGGAUAGUUUUGAAAAGCAGAAACAAUUAAGUGAUGACAGAAAGUCAGAUGAGAGUCACAUGACUAGAAAAUCCUCUGAUGAGAAAUGGGAGUCAAGGAAUGGCCGUGGAACCUUCCAACCAAGAGGUGAACCCUCUAAGAGAGGAAGAGGAGGGUCCUCGAGUAUGAGAGGACGAGGUAGAGGCUCUCUAAAAGAAAUGGGAGAAAGAGGAGAAAGAAGAAAUUACUCAGCUCCAUCAAGGGGUGGAGGAUUUGGCCGUCCAGGACAAAGAGAAGGGGGUGAAUUGUCAGAAAAGGGUCCGCCAAGAAAAGAUAACAGAAGACAAGAAAGAUUUCCCCCACCUCCACGAUUUGCCCAGAAACGUGGGGGUUUAAACGAGAGGGGGAGGGGUGCUGAACGUGGUCGUGGCCGCGGCAGAGGUCGUGGUGGUAGUGCCCCUCCCACCACCGCUCUUCCUGUUAAUAAACGACCACAGCUGAAGAAAGAAAACUCGCAAGAAUAUCCUGAAGGGGAAGAGUGGGAGACUGCUUCAGAAAGUAGUGAUGUUUUAGACAGAAAAGAAUCAAAAAAUGAAGUGAAGGACAAAGACAAGAGAGAUUCCACAGGGAAAAAGUUCUCUAGUCAGCGGCCUCAGAAUGAUAGGCAAGCUAGAAAAGGGAGUCAAAACAGUGAUUGGAAAACUAACGGUGAAGUGUAUCAAGGGAGAGGUAAUGGAAAAGACACUGGGUCAAAAAACGGGGUGAGUAGGGGCCAUCAACGAGAUGGACCCCGAAAAUCUUCUGGCUCAAGUAAAAGAGACAAUAAUGUGUACAGAGUUGGUGAAGUGGUACCUGAUGAUCCAAAUGCCAUCCAGUCUGCCAUUAAUAACAGCCUUGAUCAAAAAAACUUGUAUGGCAGGAAAGCAGACCUCAGUGAAGUCUCCAAGCCAGUAAAAGUGGAGGAGAAAAAGAAUGCCUUGGCAAACAUAGACAUCAACAACUAUGCUAGUGUAGUUGUAAUUGAUGAAGUACCAGAAGUGACCAAUGAUGAUCCUGCUUUCCUGUUUGAACAAAAUGAUGGUUUUCAAGAGGUCACAUCAAAGCGAACCAUUAGAAGCAAGCAGAAGGCUCAGCAAGAAAUCGAACUUAUGAAGCAGAAGGAGCAAACAAAAAAAUCUGUCUCAAAGGUUGUUGUGAAACCCAAAAGUGUGCAUGUUAAAGUGAGUUUGGAAAAACCAAGAUACAAAACCAGCAAAUUACCACCAAGACUGGCCAAGAAGAAGGAGCAAAUGGAGAAGGAGAGGAAAGAAGCUAAAGGAUUUGAAUUGAAGAUCGAAAAUUGGGACAACGAACUGGCCAACAAUAUUCCCACACACUCUGACAAUAUGGUGAUCUCUUCAGAACCUAAAGGAAUGAUGAACAUGAUGUCACAAGUAUCGACUACACAGAUUCCCAGCUCUAUGACCAUUCAAAGUAGCAGUAUAGGACCCUUGGUGAAUGCUCCAAUUCCUGUGGCCAGUGCUUGGGGUACUAAACCAGCCAUUUCUUACGCAGCAGCGACAGGAUCUGUGGAUAAACCAGAAAAUCAUGACAGUGGAGUUGAUGUUAGUGACCAACCUAAUUCUGCGAGCUCAUCAACGCGAAGCUCCCCAAGUGCAGAAAAUAAAUUGAAGAAUGAGAAGGCAAUACAUCAGGAAGAUGAUAAGCUUGCUAAUAAUAGCAAGUCAUCAUUUGGAUCUCCUAAACCACAGAGACAACCUAAGAUCACAAGAAGUGAGAAAGUUAGUGUAAAGGACACAAUGGAUAAACCAGAUGGGAUGAAAACAAUAAAGAAACCUGACUUGAUGAAGGAGAAAUCAAGAAAUGCAUCUGCCAUAGAAAAACCAGAGCCAAUACAGCUUCCUCCUAGCUUCAAUAAAGUCCCAAUGGAUGAAUCGAAUGAGAUUAAGCUAGACUUUAUCUAUGAUGAUGAUCUGGCCACCAGUUUCCCUGAUAAGACAGGACAGAAGGCCAAUACAGUUGAGGAGGGUUCCCCUGUCACAGUGUCCUUGUCCGGGGGAUCAGGCAGUGAUCACAAUGCAGGACCCGCUUCUCCUGCUGCCCAAGAUCUUAACUCUAAAAUUGCUGCUGUUAAAACCUUCUGGGACAGUGAUCAGACAAAUGUCUUUGAUGUGAUUUCCAGUAGUGCAGGAUUAGGGAACACCGUUCCUACCACUGAAGCAGAUCUUGCAAAUGCCUCUUCAUCGUUUCACUCCUUUAGCUCAGACACGAACUUGGCAGGUCCUGAACAUGGGUCUGGCAUUGUUUUAGAUUCUGUAGUUAUGUCAGCUGAUGAUGGUAGUAGGGGAGGAUCAAAGAAUUUAUCUCCAAGAAUACAGGAGGCAUUAUCAACGUUCAGCUCUUCAUCAAUGGAUGCUACGAUGGAUAGCAAAAAUGCAGAGCAGACCAACGUAUGCAAGGUUAAACCUCAACAGCUGCAGUCACCAUUAGAGCCAGACAGUUUGUCUAAUAGUGCAGGAAGUGGGGGUAUGUUAGGUGUUCCAGUGGAGGAUCCGAAUUCUUCUCUUCAGUCUAUGCUUACCUCACAACAUCCUUUCCAGAGUUUUCCUAUAGGAACAUCGCAAAUCCUGCAACAAGAACCAAGGUUGAGUCAGUCAAACUACGGGUAUGGGUUGUCACAGCAGCCUCCACCAAUGGGCCAACAGUCUUUAUUCAUGACUCCCUCACAAGAUUCAUUUCCAAUGCCUCAGAUGUCGGCAUACACCAACAGGAACCAACCUCAACAACAGCAACAGCAUGCUCAGUUUGGUCAAACACCCCCACAGCAGAACACUAUCAUGGUGUCAUCAGCCACUUCAUCACUCAUGUCUACUGCCAUUAAGCCACCCAAUCAAAACACAGCAUAUGGAGCAUUGCAAAAGAAUAUGGCUGCUGGAUCUCUUCAGUUUGGACAGCAGAUGAACAGCACCUCCCUUCAACCUUCACAGAUGUCCUUUAUUCAGUAUGACCCCAGCACACUGUUUGGAAAUCUAACACAGCCUACUCAGAAUGUUAACUCUUCACAGAUUCUCAACUCUCACGUUGUUCAACAAAGGGUGCAACCUCAUCAAGGGACAUCAUCAUUUUAUCAACAGUCUCAGCAGCCCAUGCAGCAAAGCUUUUUUUCAAGCCAAGCACAAUCAAAUAGUAUCCAGCCUAUGGGUAAUGGAAAUCGAAAAACGGGCGGAGAGCAAUUGAUGUUUCAAGCAUGCAUACUAUCAGGAGCUCUGCAGCAAGCUGCCGCAGCAGGACCCCAGUUUUCCAUGCAAACUUUUGGAAAUCAGACCAAUAACCCAGUUGCUACAGGACUGAAUCUUUCCCUGCAGCCUUCUAAUCCAGCUGUAGCUCAGCAAGCACUUGGUCUGGGGCCUCAGACAAAUGUUUCCAAAGUAUCGCAGUUCAGCCACCCUCUGCAGCAGCCUAGCCAGACUCCAGUCUCGCCUCAAAGCACACCUAUGAAGUCGCCACCACAAAGCACGAACUUCGGUGUGUCAUCUUCUGUGCCACAAUCACAGGGGGGUUCCAAAUUCUUUGGAACAAAUCAGCUGCAAAAUCGUGCUGGAACUCAAAGAUAUACCUUUGGAAAUAGCAAUGUGCACAACAGCAUAAAUGCACCACCAUUCAAUCCAAAGAUGAACACUCCAUAUGGCCAACAUAUACAAUCUGGAGCAUCAGUUGUCAGACCACAGAUGCUAUUGAAUACUGGUAAUUUCCGACCAAAUGUUCCACCAAGCCAAGGAAGUUUCCCUAAUCCAAUACAACGACCUGGAGGACAAGUGGCAGGGAAUCCCAGGCCUCCCCGCCCACAGGGUAAACCCCCUGGUCCUCCUCCACCCUCCCAAGACAACUCGUCUAAAACUGGGUCAGCAUUUAAAGCCCAACAAGCUAAGGAGCGACAAGGGCUAUUAGCUCAUGCCCAGAGCUUCCUUAAUCCUCAGAACAAACCUAGCAUUAAAAACAUGCCACCUAAAGUAGAAACUUCUACAGUGGAGAAGAAAGGCUCACCUUCUCCGAAUGGAGGGGUGACAGAUGAGAAGCCCCCCAAACCUGCCACUGAAGGAACAAAUUCUGGAGAAAAAUCCCAGUAGAUCAUUGAAGCAUUAUGUCUGGGCAUAUUAUUGUAUUAUAUCAAAUUUUAUUUUAUUUAUACAUUUAGUUUUAUACCUUAAGAGUUAUGAGUUGUGCAUUGAUGUGAGCUUUUCCAUGAUGUUUUAUGUAAUGUCAGACAUACUGCUGAGGUCUGCCCAAUGUCAAUAAGCUCUAUUGUUAGUCAUCAGUAUGACAUGAAAAUGUGGCUGAAUUUGUUCAGAUGCCAUGCAUUGUGUGUAAAUAGUGAUGAAUCUUUGAAAUAUCAAUAAGAAUUGUGAAAUAAUACGGUACACUAUGCUAGGUGAAUUUUCAUACCUGGACUUUCUUGCAGUUCUUCCGCUAUUCAAAUGCUGAUGAUUUCAUAUGAAAGUGAGAAAUCUAAAACUCAGUGACACUAGUUUUACAGUGAAUUGACUGAGUAAUCAGGUCUGUGUUAAUCUUUUAUUGAUUAUUUAUUUUAACAGCAGAGAUGUGAUUUGAAUUUUAUAAAGAUUUGUUAUUUUAUGAAGUCAUAUAGUUAACUGCAUUGUUACUAAGUGAGCUCUAAGAUACAGAGGAAAGCUUGUGUCAUUGAUGUUGGAAGAAGUCUUGAAAGAUGAAUGAAGACAGUAGAUUCUGCAGUGCCCCAAGCAGAGGAUCAGGAUGUGAAUAGUUGUAAGGGGAAAAAGAGAGCCCUGCCCCAGGCUCCCUUUCCCGUGUCAGACUCGGGUGUAGGUUGUCUGCCCCUUCCUCGCCCUUUCUGAGAACAUGAUGUGUGGACAGUAUAUAUACAUAUAUAUAUAAAUGUGUUAAUGUAUGUAGAUGUUGUUUUUCCCUCUCACAUGUUCUUUUUUUAUUAUUAGUUUUCACAUAUUGUCCAAGGACACUAAGCAUGAUGAGUUUGUUUUAUCAUUGAGUCUGUCUGAGCUUGACGUGAUUAGUAUGACGAGAGAGUCUUGACAUAUUUAUAAGUAUGUGAGGGAUUCAUGUUGCGUCAGUUGUGAAGACAGUCUUAUGAUGUUGGGUGUGUUCUUCGUAUAUUAGCCAAAGAAUGCGAUUACAAUGUUCAGCACAGAGGGAUUUUUGUUGUGGAAAGAUAGUUUUAUUCAUUUGUGAAUUUAAAAAUCUCAGCUUAUAAACAAUGUAGCUCAUUGAGAUAGUAAAGGGCUAUGUAAUAUGUACAAGUUGUUUUAUCAUUUCAUGAUCAUUUAUGAAUAUGGACAUGCAUAAAAAGUUGUCCAAAAUAUCAUUUACUACACCCUGCU